CCUCCCUGCCUGCACUUCCUCCUGCUGCCGGCACCUCCCGCAGCACAGCCACCUCCAGCACCUCACCUGCCGGCUGUCCGCCCCACGGGACCUGGGGCUCCUGCCCUGUCGCGGGAUAACCCCACGGGCACGGAUGUGCGCGCUGAUCUCCCUGCCUUCAGCAAGCAGGAGCUGAAUUUGGAGAGCACCCACCCUCCGAGCAUGAGGACGCCGAAGGCGAUGAUCGUGGGCCUGGUGCUGUGCCCCUGCGGGCUCCUGCUGACGCUGGUAGGCACAAUGACGCCCAGCUGGAGGCAGGUGAGCCUCGUGCCCGAGCAACCCUCCGACUUCGUCUUGGAGCAGGGCAUCUGGGACCUGUGCAGCGAGAGGCAGAGCAGCCACGACCGCCGCUGCGGGCAGGUAGACGAGCUGGGCUACUUCGAGGAGGUGCCCGUGCAGGUGGCCCGAGGGCUGAUGCCCACCUCGCUGGUGCUCACCCUCCUGGGCUUGGUGGUGGCCACCCUGGGGGUGCGCUGCUGGCAGGAGGAGCCCCGGCACCCGGUGGCUGGUGCAGCAGGGCUCGUGCUGCUCCUCUCGGGGCUGCUGAGCCUCAUACCCGUGUCCUGGUACACCCACGAGCUGUGGGCACUGCCUGCAGCGUCCGGCAGCACACUGGCUGUGGGUUACAGCUUGGUGCUGAGCUACCUGGGGAGCUGUCUGGAGAUCCUGGGGGGGCUGGCCCUCACCCUCAGUUUCCACUGCUGCUGCAAGAAGCGCAGGGCCCCCAAAUACCCCCCCGGCCCUGUGCGGGAUCCUGGGCCACUCUCCACCACCGGUGCCUACAGUAACCCCUGGGACGUGCUGGAGGAUGAGCGAGACGGGCGGCCCUGGAAGAACACCCUGCCUUGUGACUCUGACCUGUAGCUCAAGCACGGGGAGAGCAGCGGGCACUGCCCUGCCUGGUGCUGAGAAGGGUGCUGGCUCCUGCCUCCCCAGGCUCUAGGGCACCUCAGAACAAGGACCCAGCUUGAAUCUCUGCAGCCUCCUCAAAAGCCUGCCACGCUCCAGGCUCUGUGACUGUGCCAAAGCUGUGCUUUGUGUGGUCCAGGCCUUGCUCCAGGCACUCCGUGCAGCUCAUCGCCCUGCACCGUGCAGUGUUUCAGGGCGUUCUCACACGAGCAGGACACUGCUUACAACUGCACAGCCUGCAGGGUGGGGAAGAGGGGAGGGGAGCACCUCCCACAACUCUGCUCAGCUCAGGGCUGUGUAAACAUGAAAAUAAAUGAAGAGGAACAGGUCCGCGGUGUGGGGUAGUUAUGGGCUUUCUGCCAGGCAGGCUGGGCUGAGAGCCAGAGGCACGGCCAACCCUGCUCCCCUGUGCUUCGCCUGAAGCAGGGAGGAAAGGUCUGCAAGAGGACAGGUGGCUUUUAUAGCCACCUUCCUCAAGGACUUUUAUCCCACGGCUAAAAUGGGCUCAGGAGGAGGUUUCUCCUUCCUCCGAAGUACAGCCGCUUUGGGGAAAAAUAGCAUAUAUUUUCCUUUCCAUCAUUAGCUUGGUGCAAGGCAGUAAAACUGGUCGCACUGGUUUGUAAGGGACACCUAAGGGGCCAGAACUGCACGAUAAAAUCCCACUCAACCGCCUGCGUAACUGGGCUGAGCCGAGCUGAGCCCGGCC